GGGGAAGGGCCCAGGUCUGGCUCAGCUGAUCCUUGCGUCCAUGGGGAGGAAGCGGGGGGCGGGAGGCAGCCCGGGUUUCCCUCUGGGGCAGAGAUGGGUGCGUUUCAUUUCCACCCAGCCCUCACUGUGCACGACAGAGAACAGGCUGCCACUGUGGGGAAGGAAGCACAGAGAGAAGUGGGAGCGGCACAGCACACACGGCACAGCACCUGCUGGGGACAGAGCAGCUCACCAUGGCUCCACAUGCCUCAAAGAAGACAUGGGGCAGUGUGGAGGUGGCCCUGGCUGACUUCUGUGCCAUCCUCAUCCUGCUCUGCUGUGGGCCCAUGCUGACCUGCUGCCACUGGGUGACCAUCUACCCAGCAAAGUUGACUCUCCCUGAAGGUGACAAAGCCACCUUCUUCUGCAAUAUCUCCAUGGAGAAUGACACUGGUUCAGAGUACAGUCUCAAUUGGUACAAGGAGACCAACCACAGCCAAGCCCAAAAAACUGCUGGGAUCAGCCGAUACAAGCCCAUGACAGAGACAGGGAAGUACCGGCUCAUCAACCACACUCCUGUCUUUGAGAUUGAGAUCCUGAACCUCCACCAGAAUGACUCAGGCUCCUACUUCUGCGGAUUGAUCACGUUCUUUAAGCCUGAUAAAGUGACGGAGAGCAAACGGUCCCAGCUGAUAGUCACAGAAGAAGCAGCAGCCCCCCAGAGGAAUGCCACUGACAAGCAGGAGAUGGAGGAAGGCAACCCCCCAGAGCACAUCAAGGCCAUGCUCCUGGGCAUCCUCCUGCUGGCUGGAGUGGUUGUGCUGCUGAUCUUUGGCUACCUCACCUUGAUGUACAGGAGAGGAGAUGUGCAGAAACCACCAAGUGAAAACAUGCCAGCGAAGGAAGAGAAGCCCCCCGUGGUGUCCAUAUCCACUGUGGACUAUGGUGUGCUGGAGUUUCAGAGUGACCAACACACCCCAGUGCCUUCCAAGACUCGGCUGGUUGAGCAGACUGAAUAUGCCACCAUCAUCUUCCCCGAGGAGAAACCCGUCACACCAGAGCGCAGCAAGAAACACCUGGAUGAGCAGACUCGACAGCUGCCAUCACAGCCCUGCUGAGGGUCAGGGUCCCUCCUCACCAGGGUGUGGGUAUGAACAGGCUGCCUCAGUCCCUCGCUCUGGGAAAAAUCCAGCAUAUCAGGACUAAAGCAACAGAGAUGCUGCUGGAGUCGAUAUUGAACAGUCCUGGCCGUGAUGUUAUUGUGGCCAUGGAGUGGGUACCACAGGAUGAGGAAGGUCCCUGUUGUGCUCCAUGUGCUGCCUCUUCACUCAGGGCAGGGAGGAUGGGCUGGGGCAGAGCAGUGAUGCCAACAGGUCUGUCCCAGAGGUGAUUUACAUUAUGCCUCGGUUUUCUACCUCCACCCGGUUCUCUCUGGAGUGGCCAUGCUGCUUCCCUGCCCCAUGUCUGAACCAACUAUCAAAGCAUGACUGUUGAAGAAAAUGCUGGAGGUCAGAACUGGAGUGAAUCCUGUGAGAUGCUGCGCAUGGGAGCCCAAGGCUUCUUGCAAGCUUCUCCUUGCUUGGAGCAGAGGCUGACCUAUGUUCCGCUAUUCAGAAAUCCCUGGGAAGCAGGCAGCUGGUUUUCUGCCUGUCUCCAGGCAUUUUCCUCCUCUGCAUGAGGGUUAAUCUACCCUUGUGUUCCUCCGUCCCCAAGUGGGAGUCAGAUCUGGCCAUGGGGUGAAUAAAGA